UCUCAUUAAUCAUGACUCGUUGCACUAAGCUGGUAUUUUUCUGGUCCUUCUGAGUACAGUUUGGACAUUGAAAGGUUUUUCUCAACAAAACUGUGAGUCUGUGACCAAUGCUUUUGAAACGAUUCGAGAGUGCUGCUUUGUGACUCGGAACGAUUCUAUUCUCGACUGUCAACACAACUUGUCUGCGGAUCAACCCCAGACCUGAACUGCCAAAAAGAUGCUUCUUGUUCAAUAGCAGAGAAUAAAAAGGUGUCUUUUACCACAUAUAUUGUUCAAGUCUCUAACCGGUUGCUAAAUUACACCAUUCAAGAUCAUUCUUAGUUUUUAGUGCUGUCUUCAUCUGGGAUCUUGCUUGGAAAGAAAAUGAAAUGUCAUGAGUCUCAUGAGAAGAAUGAGGAUUGUCAGUUCAAUGAAUGAAUGACUGAGAGAAAAAAAGUCAAAUAUUAGAUGAAUUCCUUUUAGGAAGCCUGAUGUGGACCCCCAAUUUGUCAUCUUCAGAAAGUAGCCUACUUGCUGAUCUUUUGGUUUAAAAGAUCAUCCCUUAUUUUGGAGAAAGUGACUGAGUCCUCCCUGGGAUGCAAUCGCGUCGCUCAAUGAUGAAUGACCUUGAUUUGCCAGAUGACUUUGACUAUGGGCUGUACAAGUUUUUCACGUCAACUUCCACCACAACAGUGCGUCCACGCAGAGGGAGGGGUCACAACAACAAUGUAGACAUAGAUCUGGAUGACACCGCUCCACUGCCUCUCCUCAUUGGAAUAGGACUUGCUCUGUUUAUCGGCUUUGUGAUCCUGAUUCUCAUCUGUUGCCUGUGCCGUCGCAAGCGUCCAGCACCCUCAAGCUCGGCUGCCGAACGCCCUGCCAAUGCGGCGUAUCAGCGGGCGCCGGUGACGGACGGGGGCAUGGCGUACCCCAUGACAGUGGUGCCCCCCGUCUCAUACGCUAACACAGGCAUGACAUACCAGCACCCUCAUCCGGCGGUCAUGGCUCAAGGCCAGCAGCACAACUAUGGCGUUAUUGGACCAGGUGUGAACCACAACAGCGGACCCCACAGUCAGUUUCAGCCCCCUCCUCCACACUUUGGCGGCGUGCCUACAUUCCCACCCAACCAGUACCUAGCAUCAGUGCCAAUCCCCCCAGCCCCGAGCCACACACCCGUACCGGGCGGUCAAGCGCCGUCCUUGUCUCACUCCAGCCAAGCGUCGACUGUCUCUGGGACAACGGCCGACCCGCUGGUCCCCUCUGCCUCUCCUUCGAUCAUGGUGCAACAACAGCAGCAGCAGCAGCAUCCUUAUCUGUACCACCACCAACAGCAACAACAAACACAGAUGUCCAUGGCACAGCCACUACCACAAGUGGGAGCGCCACUCAUGGCGGCCGGCAUCAACCAUCACCCUCAUCUCUUACAACAGCAACAGCAACCACCACCACCACCAGUAUCGGGAGGGGACAACCCAGGGCUGCACUACCCCCCUCCUCCUCUCAAUUACUCAUCUGUUCUCGCCAGUGAACACACCAGCCAAAUUCCAUCAGCUCCCCCCAACACAACUGUUACCAUGGGGACAGUCACUCCCGUCCAUAGUAUUCCCUUUGGAAGGCCGGCUCAGCACCCGCUGUCGUCUAGUAAUGAAGAGGAGGAGGAGGAAGAAGAGGAGGAGUAGUUCAUGUGGUGUGGAUGAAAGGCCUUCUUUGUCCUGUGAAGUUUAGCCUUGAGAGUGCGUGCGUGUGUGUGGGGGGGAGGGGGGUGGUGGUGUAAAUGGACUUUUUUUUCCCAAAUCAUUUUGUAAGACUGAUUGUAAUGUGUUGAUUGAGGUAUGUGCCUAUAGAUAUAUAUGUUGAUGUGUGUGUGUGUGUGCGUGUGGCUGCGUGCAUAUUUGAAACUGUGUCUCCAUGUGCACUUGGUUGUGUGUGCUUAUGUUGUGGGGCUUCUUCGGCCUUGCUGUAGAGUGAAAUUUGAUCUUUUCGAAGGUGCUAAACUGCUUAAUCAAUAUGCUUUCUUGGUCUUUUUCUGAUUUGUAUCAACAUCUGACUUCAGUGAAAGCUUUGUCCCAGCGUUGAAUCUUCCUUUUUUUUUGGGGGGGGGGGGGUGUCGAACUUUUGGGUACUGAACAUUAGUGUAUGAAAUUGCCUGUAUUUGCCAGAAAGAGUGCAAGAUUUUAGACUUUGAUCUUGAGUUGGUUUUUAUAAGAGAUUGUCCAAUUGCCAAUUGAUUUUGUUUACACCAGUAAGCAACAGGGCCAAGUAUUAUUUUUUUGUUUCCAUGUUUUGAUAAUUUUUAUUCCUGAUGAGACAUCAGUUGAGUCAGUUACAAUUAUACAGAUUGUUGGAAUGUGAAUUGUUGCCUGGAAGAUUUUUUUAAUUGGUCUGUUUUGUUAUUAUUAUUAUUAUUAAAUCAGUUUGCUUUUGUUAUU